GAGUUGAACUAAUCGAUGCGGUUUGCGCUCGUUUUCGCCCUCGUCUAUCCGUUGUACGCGAAGACACGGAGGAGACCAAAUAACAUCAUAAAUGUAACGGAAGCUGACUGCAGACUACCGGCUGACUUGGGAGAUUAUUUCUUUGAUGUGGAGACAAAAACGUGUUUUCCUUUCAAGUACACUGGAUGCGGCGGGAACAAAAACAACUUUGCUAGAAAAAGCCAAUGUUAUUUGGCGUGCAGAAAAUAUUUCAACCAUUGCGUCGGAAAAGAUAGAUCUUUUGGCAAAUGCAAUAGAAGCCAUCCGUCUGAUUGCUGUAAUCAAAAAGCCCUCAGUGAGUAA